GAAGUAUGCGCACGUUAUCAGAAACGCGAACUGAAUUCUUGACGAGUGUAUUGAAUAUUCUGCAGCGGGACCCCCUCAGUCAACCUUAAGUACUACUUCCAUUAUUAUUGAGUCAUUGUCCAUUUUGCCGGUAUACCAUAUAGUUCUGUAGGCAGCCACUUUGGUUCGCUGUCGCCCCAAAUUUUCCCUAAAUUUUUUAAUUGAAGCAAAUUUAAAAUUCGUCAAUUAAAAAUGAGUGUGUGUAGUUGUAUAAGUACAACAUGUGUGGUUAUUGUUAUCCUGCAAAUUAUCAAAACACUGGUACCAUGGCUUUACAAAAAUCUUCUAGGACCUAAAUUCUUCGGCCCCAAAAUUGAUGUUCGGCGUAUGGGGCAGUGGGCAGUGAUCACGGGAGCAACCGAUGGUAUUGGAAAAGCGUAUGCAAAAGCGCUUGCCAAAAAGGGCGUCAACGUAGUCCUCAUCAGCCGAUCCAAAGACAAAUUGGAAAAAGUUGCUGAAGAAAUAAAAAGCGCUUCCUCUGCGCAAGUCAAAAUUAUCGAUGUAGACUUCACACAAGGUCCAGAAAUCUAUGACAAAAUUGAAAAAGGCAUUGCGGGCCUUGAAGUCGGAACACUGGUCAACAAUGUUGGGAUGAGCUAUGCCAAUCCUGAAUUCUUCCUCUCAAUCCAGGACCGAGAUAAGCUACUUCGCGACAUAAUUGAAUGCAAUAUCCACUCUGUAACGCACAUGUGCAAACUUGUGAUGCCUGGAAUGGUCGAAAGGAAGAAGGGAGUUAUCAUCAACAUAUCCUCACUCUCCGCUGUGGUACCAAGUCCUCUGCUCAGCGUUUACGGGGCAACAAAAGCCUUCGUUGAUAAAUUCUCAGUUGAUUUGAAUACGGAAUACAGUUCUCAAGGAAUAAUCGUACAAUCAGUACUGCCUGGGUAUGUGGCAACAAAUAUGUCCAAGAUCCGCAAGGAAACCUUCCUUGCUCCAAACAGUGAUAAUUAUGUCGCAUCAGCCCUGACUACAUUGGGUAUUACAACAAGGACGACUGGGUUCUUCCCACACAGUUUAAUGAAGCUCACAGUUGACAUCAUUAAGGCGGUGGCCUGUGAACCUGCAGCAAACAAACUCUCGCUCAAAACAAUGUUGAAUAUCAGAAAGAAGGCAUUGAGGAAAAAGGCACAAUAGGGAGGAAAGCUUUGUAAUUCUUUUUCCAAUAUUUCAAAAUUGUGUUUUACACCAAAGAAUUAUUCUGUUUGUAGUUUCUAGCUUGGGUGAUAUUAAAAAAAGAAAUUUUGAAAGAGA